AUGAGUACAAAGGCAAAGCUGAACGUGCACGACUUCCCCCGACCGCCGUUGCUGGAGAAGACCUCUCGGCAUUUGGUCAUCAAAUGGAACAAUGAAAUAGUCGCAGACACCAAAGACGCAUACUGGGCGUUAGAGACCACGCACCCUCCAACCUACUACAUCCCCCCCACCGUCAUCCCCACCGCAACCUUCACCCUCACCCCAAUCCCCAACAAAUCCUCCCUCUGCGAAUGGAAGGGCCGCGCCACAUACUGGAACCUCACGCACAACAACCACAAAUCCAGCGACAACGCCUCCAACUCGGUCUCCAACCGGAUCUGGUCCUACGAAGAACCAACGCCCGGGUUCCGCGCCAUCAAGGGCUACCUGAGUUUCUAUGCCAGUGGCGUGCCGUGGGAGUGUUUCGUGGACGGGGAGAGGGUGCAGCCGCAGGACGGGGAUUUUUAUGGCGGCUGGGUGACGAGUGAGUUGGAGGGGCCGAUGAAGGGCGGCGCUGGGACUUGGGGGUGGUGA